AUGCAACAAUCCCUUGGCGUUUCCGAUCCCUUCGAGCGCGUUAACCUUGUUAUGAACAUACAGUCUAUAUGGAAUGUCGCAAACCCUACAUACAUCAUUCCAGAGGACAUGCGAUACCCUGGUUGGAUCGGCAAUUGGCCCCUACCCAUCCUACGAUCCAUAAGCCAUCUAGCCAGUGGUAUGCCGGGCGAUGGGGGACGGCAUCGAUUCGUGGAACUCCUGAAUAUCGGCUAUACGAUAAGGGUGACAGACGAGUCGACUACUCAUGAACCGCAGCUACAGGUAUCUGAUCUAGAGUUUGUCCGGGACAGCGUUGGAUUGCCACCGGCGGCUAUGCCAGUAGAGGAGGAAGCCGCCCCAGCCCAGAAUGAUGUUGCAACCCCUCAACCACGUCCACAACGAAUACUUCCAGAAGAUGAAGAUGACCCGGAGACCUUGAUGAAGAAACAGGAACUGUGGAUCAAGUACUACUGGAACGUCACUGAUAUCAAAGCCCUUGUCCCCCCGAACAUGCGGCAGCUAGACAAAUUUGGAAAGCCGACCAAUCGGGCGCUGCACAGCUGCAGCGACCAAAAGAAUCUGACGAAGUUACUUUACAAGCUAGCUCGCAUCACAAAAGGUCGAAAGGAUGCAGCAUGGGCGCAGAUAGAAGAGGCGUGGAAGGCAAGACCAGUAGGCCGUUCAGGAGGCAAAGCGUUUGCAGAAUCAGACGUCAAAGCCGCUCUUGAUUACUUCCGUGACCUACGUGAAGAAGAAGAAGACGAAGACUCUGUUACCAACAGUCGAAAGCAAUUACCUAUUGCACCUUCAAACCCCGACGGGACUACCGGCGAGGAGGGUCAUGAUGGCGCGACGAACGCCGGGCGGGGAAGUCAGCAUCUCGAUGGAAGGCAACGGAAGAGACGACGACGCGAAUCUCGAGCCACCGAACCCGACACCCACGACAGUGCUGAUCACCAGAUGCUACUGUCCGGCGUGGAUGUCGCAGAGGCGGGACUCUCGAUGGCUCGCAGCCGGCGCUCAUCAGUCAUGGCAAGACGUGGCAACGACCGCGCAAGUAUUGUAGCGACCCACGACGCUACGGCUGACGAGGCUGCCUCGAGCGUACAAGAAGCGCGUGGAGCAGCGACCUUGCAGCUAAAGAGGAAGAGACGGCAUUCGCUAAACGAAGAUGAGGCAGAUGUGGAUGUGGAAGGUGGCAAGAUGGGUGAUGACGAAAAGAGUGAGCGUGCGGAACAGGAGCACGAUGAGCUGGAGCCAGAAGAGGGGUAA